AUGGCCGAUACCCCACCCACCGCCCAGCUCGACACCGGGCUGCGCUUGGACCAGCCCACCAAGCCGGUCCAGCGUCGGUCCGCACUCGCCUGCCUCCCCUGCCGCUCGGCCAAGAACAAGUGCGACGGACAGGCACCGCCGUUGGCCGUCGAAUACUCGGCGUCCCAGGCGCUCAAGGCCGCGCCUUCGGACGACAUCCCUUCCGACGCGCCGUGUACCCGCUGCAGGCGACUCGAUCUGCGCUGCCUCUGGCAGCCCUCGCACCGCACGGGCAGGCCAAGGAAGAAGCGCAGGGCGUCGGAGACGAGAGACGACUUCGGAUCCGCCGGCAUCGGCCGUGCCGGCUUAGGUGCCGGCGCCGGCGCCGCCGGUAGCUCCAGCAGCCCACACCAUCGCCUCGGAUCGCACACGACUGCAUCCGGCGAGGCCCUGCGCCCGACGUUGCCCCCGGUCGACAUCACAGGGCCCGAGAUCUUUGCGCUGCUCAACACGUCGCCCUAUGACUCGACCGAGUCGUCGUACAGCGCUCUGGACAACGAGCAGUACGACGAGAGCGACCCAGGCCUAACGGACGAGUCGGCCAGCUUCGACGCCUCGUCGGUGCAGCCGUCUCCCCCGAGCGGCGUGGCGGCGUGGUCCGCCACCACUGCGCCUGCGACGGCGACCAUGGCACCUCCUUCCGCAGGCGGCCUGCAGCUGCAAUCUGCCUUUGACGCCGACCAUCCCAUCGUCCAGGAACGACCGUCGAAGCGUGCCCGCGACCAGUUCUCGAUGCUGCGGUCUCGCAUCGGCGUGGGAGUCCGCCAGGAGAGGAUGCUCGAGAUCAACUCGUCGCCUCCCAGCCUGUGGCCCGAGCUGCCGCCCGAGUUCCUCGGCCACGAAACGGACCUGCAGCGAGGCCUGCGGCUCUACUUCAGCGGCUUCGGCCUGUCCGUGCCCAUCCUCGGCGAGGAGGAGAACUUCUUCGCUGCGAGGUUUGUCCAGAUGCCGGAGCUGUCGCCCUCGCCGCUCGUGCUGCAUGCCGCGGCAACGUUGGGCCUGCUGCUCGAGGAAGGCAAGGACGCCGUGUCGGUGGACGCCAUGCGCGCGAGGACCAGGGAGCUGGCCGACGUCACCGUCGAGCGGUCGAGCGCCCUCCACGACACGGACCUGGCUCGGUUGCUCUCGGCCAUCCAGGGCCUCAUCCUGGUGGCGUACGACGACUAUGGCCGGACGCAGCUGCCCGCCGCCGCCCGCUACAUGCGCGCCGCGUGCGAUCUGGCGCUCCGUGCGCACCUCAACCUGCUCGACAGCGGACGGGACUUUGCCGCGCCCCACCAUGGCGAUCCGGGGCAGCCGGGCGGCCAUCGACGCGUCUCGUUCGCGGGCAUCGGGAGCAGUCGGUCCUUCACCCAGGACUUCCUGCAAGAUUGCCGACGGACCUGGUGGGAGCUCUACAUUGCUGAUCUCAUGUUCCACAUGACGACGAGCGGCAGGCUGCAGAGGAUCCUCACCGAUCGACGGAUGGUGGUCGCCGUCAAUAGCCCUCGGGAUCCUGGAGAUCGGGAGCGCUCCGAGGCCUACGACAUCCGCAUCCGAGCUGCGGCCCUGAUCAACGAGUGCACGAGGCCACCCGCCGAUCCGCGCAACCCGGACCUCGGCCGCCUCCAUGCCGUUGACACGAUGCUGAGCAACCUUCUCCUCCAGGGCCAGUCGCUCUGGGCCGGGAUCGCGGCGAGCGUGUCGAACCCGAGCCAGCAGAUGCGCCCAACGCCGAUGGUCCAGACCAAGCUCGAGAUCAUCUUCACCUCGUUGGUCGUGAUGCAUGCGGCGCGCAUCCAUCUCCACCGCCAGGCGUGGUUCUCGGACUUGCAGAUGGACCUCGAGUCGUGCUCGUUCCGGCCAAAGCACAGGUCGGGCACCGUCGAGCCGACGCCCUCUUCUGCGGCCGGCGCCGGCCGACUAGCCGUGAUCAGCGACGAGGCGCGGCGCGACUACAUCGCCAGCAGCGUCUCGACCAUCGUCUCAUGCUCCGACGGCAUUCUGCGGCUGAUCCGUCUGGAUGCAGAGAUGCACCUCGACCUGGCGAUGACGCGGCCCUCGGUGUUCGGCGCGCCGCCACCGCCGUCGAGCCCAGUACCGCCACACUGGCCGUUCUUUGCGUGCUGCAGCAUGGUGGCCUCGUUCGGAUACGCCGUCGCGGUGGCGGCGAGCGGGCCCGAGCACUCUGCGCUGCCGAGCUACCGGGACGAGAUCCGACUGCGCAUGGGUGAUGGGAGGGGAUCGGCAGGCCAGGCCGGCGCGGUCCCCCCCGUUGUCGACUACUCGAUCCAUGGCGCCAAUGACCCGACAAUGGACUCGCUCAUCGCCCACUGGGGCCAGCCACAGGGGCAUGGGCAUGGCCAGCGGCUCGGCGAUGGGUGCAUGGGGCCCGCCUCGUCCCCAUCGCAGCCUUCGUUGUCGCCUUCCUCGUCGUCGCCGGCGCCGGCUCCAGCGCCUCCGUCGACCUCGUCUGCAGCGUCGCAGUACGAGCUGGUGCAGGAGCAGAAGCGCCGCGACGAGGAGGCCUACAUCUGGAAGACGCGGGCGGCGCUGAGCAACAUCAGCUUUGCCGAGACGACGCUGUCGCUCUACGCCACCAUCUGGCCAAUGGCGGCCGUCUACCAGGCCGAGGUGCGCAAGUGCAAAGGGGCCGUCAACCUCAGCAGCAUCUGCGGCGGCGGCGGCGGCGGCGGCGGCCACUUCUGA